UCCGAGCAGGCUGGGUGACAGCAGCACCCGGUGGUCCCCGCGCUUACUUUCCCCGGCUGAUGGCGUCGCUGCGCGCCAAGGACGCUUACCUGCAGGGCCUGGCCCGAAGGAUCUGCGCCCAGCCUGGGCCCGAGCCGCGCGAGCGUCGUCGGGGUGCCAAAUCUCUGGGCUCGGAAGCCACAGGGCCCCCCUCUAGGAAGAGGAAGAAAGCACAGAAGUCCCGGGAGCGGAGGGGGAAGGCAGUACCACCCAAGGCCCAGCUUUCGAGGCAGAACCCCCCAGAAACCCUCCAAGAAGAUGAUGCUGAUGCUGCCACCUCCACGGAGGGCCCUGCAGAACCUGAGUCCAUCUUUGCACUGGAUGUUCUGCGGCAGCGGCUGCAUGACAAGAUCCAGCAGGCCCGGGGCCAGGGUGGCCACAAGGAGCUGUCUGCCGAGGUUCUGGAGAAGAGACGCCGGCGGAAGCAGGAGAGGGACCGAAAGAAGAGGAAACGGAAGGAACUGAGAGAAAAGGCAAAGGCAGCACAGGUGGCCGCAAAAGAGAGCGAGCCGCCACCACCCUCUGAGGUGCCCAGCCAGGAGGCUCAGGGAAGCUCUGAGCUGCUCUUCAACAAGGUGGAGGUGAGCACUGACGAACCCCUUAGCAAGGCUCAGCGGCGUAAGGAGAAGCGGGCCAAGCUCAAGGGGAACCUAACGCCACUGACUGGGAGGAACUACCGGCAGCUGCUGGAGCGGCUGCAGGCGCGGCAGGACCGGCUAGAGGAGCUGAGGGAGCGUGACGCUGGCCAGGCGCGCGAGUUGGAGGCCCGGAUGCAGUGGACCACGAUGCUGUACAAGGCUGAGGGGGUGAAGAUCCGCGACGACGAGCAGCGGCUGCAGGAUGCGCUAAAACGCAAGGAGAAGCGGCGGGCACAGCGAGAGCGUGCAUGGCAGAAGCGCACAGCGCGGGUGGUGCAGGGCAUGCAGCAGCGGCAACAACGCCGCCGACAGAACCUGCAACGCAAGAAGGAGGCCCGUACUGCACGUCGCCUUGACAAGGCCCGCAAGAAGGGCCGCAUUCUGCCCCAGGACCUGGAGCGUGCAGGCCUGAGCUGAGCAUGAACUGCUGC